UCCUACAUAAUAUAUAAGCCGACAGUAUAUGCAAAACCGACUUUAUCGGCGCCGGCGAGUGGUGAAUGAAAUAUUACCUUGCCACCAGACGCGACGGAGGUGAAACAAUCCACACAAUUCGAUACAUAUAAAAUCUAGCGAUCGUCCCUCCCUUCUAAGAGCAGCUAGGGUUUAAGACUUCAAUUCGGGCGUGCAUUGGGAAUAUAUGAUUUGUUACGAGCACUCGAACUCGAAGAUGAUAGAGCUUUUCGGAGGUGCUGAUUGAAUCAGGCAAGAAGAUUUCCUGUACAGGGUCUUCACAAAGUGGUCUGAAGCACAAAAUAAAUUCUCAAGUGGAGCUAUCCUUGAAACCAAAUUCAUACUGCAACUCACAGAUAUCCCAAUGCUUCCAAGCAUAUUGAAAGAAACGCUUUGUGUGGACCCAAACUGUGCAAAACCUCGUCAUAUUCCACAAACACAAUGGAGAUGUCCUCCAAAACAGAUUGCUAUAGAUUCUAAUUGGCAUGUGGCUGCUGGUGAAGAGAGCACAGAGGCUGUUUCUCAGAGACGUGAUGCCACUGAUCCUAGACCCUCUGCACCAUUAUAUAUGUCUGGUGACAAUGAUGACAACAAAACACCAGUAAUUCCUCUAAAUCCCAUAGAAUUAGAGGAAGAAGGCAGCCUGCGGAACAACAGCUCAACAGCAUCCGUAACUACAGAUAGCAUGAAAAGAGAGAAACAAAAAGAAGUGUUAACAUCAGGCACUUCUGUAACAGACAAUAUUAUUUCAGCAGAAUCUGUAAAGAAUAGUGAUGCUGAAAAGCCUGAAAGUAGCAAGUCCUCUGCCUUGGGAGGUGAUAUCAUGGCCGUUGCUAUGGCUGGUGCCGCAGCUGCUAUAACUGCUUACGCAUCACGCCAAGAUGAACAAACUUCAAUUGAUAUAGGUCUGCUAAUGCAAUUCCUCAGCAACCCAGACACAGUUCACAAAUUGAUCAGCGAGCAAAGUGUCCCAGGAAUUGAGCUUGCCUCCAUACUGAAUAAGCCAACAGUCUCUGUUCCCUUUGUCAGAUCAAACUCAGAUCAGUUAAAAUUGAGUACUAAUAAUACUUGUGUUUCGGGAAAUACUAGUGUGGUUAUCUCGAAACCCGAUGCAAGGACAUCUUCAGGAUCAAUACAAAGCUCCAGACCGGAUCAAGGUCCAAUCGACAUCGAUUUGCUAGCUCGCCUCCUAAAGAACCCAAAAGGUAUUGAAGAGUUAAUUAAAGAAUAUGAUGCCUCUGACAGAUCUGGUAGUCUGUCUGCCUCGAUGAUGAUGAAAGCAACAGUUAAUCAAUCAUCCCCUGCCAUAGCAAACAAUUCUGAACCAUUGCUUUCCUGUGUAAAUACAGAUGGUGAAGAGAGUUCACCUACAAUUACAGGUGUGCCCUUCUUGGUGCCUCAGAAAAUAUUUUCAUCAGUGUUCACUGCCAGUACCAAAAUGAGCUUAAUUGAUAAGCAAUUACCAUCUCCAGAAACAACAAUGGCCCCAAUGUCACCUCUGUAUUCCUCGCGCAGUACCAAUACGGAGGCUGGUGCCAUGAAGAUUGAGAGGCUAGAUGGCGGAGUCGCUGAUGGGAUGAGAAUGGACCCGAGGCCCGUGACAAGGCUCAUGUCACCAGUGGAUUCAGUUUCUUUACCGCAGCUUCUAGGGUUGCCAAAGGCAAGCACCCAGCCAAAUGUGCUGCAAUCAUUUCUGCAGAAGAGGCCAGUUUUACCAGAACUGCACCCGAACCCUGUCUUGAGAGAAAGUUCUUCAGUAGCCAUGCCGCGGUCUAUGCUUAUGUCAUCGUCAGGUUUAGUUCCUUCCCCAAGGACUGAAUUUACUUUGCCCAACUCGCGGCCUGUUGCUAUUAUGGGACCUCUUCCGGUUGCUUUUAGUCACCCAAACCCUCUCAUGAGGUCAGUUGCUCAUCCAGAGAAUCAUGUAAAUUACAUUAGCGACCGAACAGCCCAUGGAGGGUUUGGAUUGCCAAGGGCAAGCUUCCAGCCAACAGCAAAUGUGUUGCAAUCCUUUCAACAGAUGACCCCAGUUUCACCAGAAGUUUACCCGCGCCCUGUCUUAGGAGUGAGUGACCCAGGAUGUAUGCCCGUGACAUCAUUAGGUCUAGAUCCUUUUGCAAGGGCUGACUUGUUUACAUUGCCAAAGGCAAACUCGCAGCUUGCUGCUAAUAUGGGACCUCUUCCGUUAGUCUUGAGUCACACAAACCCUUUUAUGCCAGCAGCUGCUCUUCCAGAGAAUCAUGGAAAUUUCCUCAGUGACGAAACAGGACAACGUAGAGGUAUGCAAAAAACUUUAAAUAAUGGUUUCCUGUCAUCACACGACAACACUCAGGUUGUUGGGCAGGGACUGUCUCUGAUAAAGCCACCGAAGCCCUGCAUUUACUUUAAUACUCCCAGGGGCUGUUGGAAUGGCACCAAUUGCCCAUACAUGCACAUCAAAUCUGAACAACCAGCACCUUCUCAAGUGGAGGCACUGCAUAGCGCAAAAAGAAUAAAGCUAGGUUGGGAAACUACUGGAAGGAUGUAAAAAAGAAAAGAUAGACACAUCAUAAAUUAAGGUAGGUAAGAAGAAAGCUUUACAGGAUGUCCUGUUAUCCUGUGGGACUUUCUUUUUUGAAUAUACUUGAAUACUAGAGCUGCUUCUCUUUGAAAGGGUAUGGAACCCUAAAAACUAUAGUUUUUGUACAUUCUAAGUUAAAAUCUGGCUGUAUACGCUGGGGGUAGUGCAAAGUGCUGAUCUUUGAGCCUCCGGUUAGAUGUAACAUUUGCAGGUAUCCCGGUCUAUUUCAACAAUAUGAUCGGAUGAUUGUUGGGGGCAAGUGCAAAGUGCUGAGCUUUGAGCCUUGGGUUGGAUGUAACAUUUGCCGGCAUCACGGUUCUUUUGACCAAUAUGAUCGGAUGAUUGUUGGACUGGAGUUGCUGAAUGUGAGUGCAGUUGUGCCUCAAACACAACACGCACUGCAUCAAGAUGGGCUUAAUAUGAAACAUACAAAUGAAAAUAGAAAGAGUCUUUACUGAGCUCCGGCAACCAGUGGAGUAACAUGUAAAGCAGGGCUUAAAGUUGAAGUGUUGAUCUAAAAAAUUUCAGUCGUGGAAAGUGUUUUAUCUCUCAAAAGAUAUAAAAUGAUUUGUGGUAUAUUAGGCCUCU